GCCCGAAAUCGGGAAGGGUGGAUAUAAUUGGCGCUUCAGGCCUGAUGAAGUGUGGAUGUAAUGGCACCUAAGGGCAGUGCUAGACGCUUUACUACAAAUCAUAAUAAUUCAAUUCAAUUCAAAUUCAUGGCAACAAUUCGAAUACUUCAAAUCAAAAUGUUUAGUACCACACCGAAUUUCGGAACGUACCUGAAUUAAUUUGUCAGUGCUUCGUUCGCGUGAUAAUUUUAUAACAAAAGAAAAGGGUAUUUUUUGAAAACAAUGAAAGUGAUAAUACGACUAAGUUUCUUUUAAAUCUUAAAGUAGUGAGUUUGUUAUUACGGAUGCACCAACCCAACGCUAUAAAUAGCUGAGACAGCAAGACACUGCCAAUGUUAUCAAACAAAUCUUCUAGACCAGAAUAGAAGUUUUGAACUCCCCUCAUCUAGUAAUUUCGCAAUGUAUUUGCCGCUGAUGCACUAAAAUUAAGUUGCGGGCGUGUUGUUUUUAGUGUUCGUCGGUUGCAAACUGAGCAAACAUGGAUUUACUUGAUCUGCCCGUUGUUAUGAUUGAGAAUAUUCUGUCAUAUUUAACAUAUGACGAAAUCGCGAAGAAUAGAUUGGUAUGUAAGGCGUUCAAUGAGCUGUCAAUGCGAAUGCUUAACCGAGGGUUCCUAAUGAUAGAGAGACGACAUGCCCUCGCACUCAAGACUGUCAAAGCUCAGCUGCCAAGAAGGGAGUCAGAGCGCAGAUACCACCCCUUGGCCCGCCACUGUGACAUCCUUACGUCUAUUGAGACGCGUAUAUCGAUGCUCAACAUGACAUACUCCAAAUUUAUCGACAGUGGCGUUUGCUGUUUUAUACCGGGAAAGGUGAUUGACGAAAUCCGCCGCGUCCUACACAUAGCCGAGAACUCCAAAUCGCCCCCACGAGCCCACGAGGUUCUACAGGAACUACGGGACAUCUCCAGCAUGGCUAUAGAACAUUUCGACGACAAGAUAUCGCCAGCUCUAAGGGCGAGGUUGCAACAGCAGGCCGCGCCUAUGCCGCCGAGACCACAUGUAUUCUCUCCGCUCGCGAUUCGUCAGGAGGUGUCGUCACUUCGCCGUCGCUCCAUACUGAACGCCAAGCUGUCUCUGUAUCUCGCAACACAGUACAAGAAGUACCACAACAAACAGAUGAUGGAGUACCAGAAGAUAGCGUGGAGGCAGCGGAUCGUCAUACGGCGUAUGUUGGCACGCCAGAGAAGGCAGGAGGCUAACAUUGCGGAACUCAAGCGUCGCAUAGACGAGUGCGACGUACGCUACAGCGAACUCACGCACACGAAGCCGGCGGUCGGACCUAGUAUUUCAGGAGCGGAGUCCCCGCCGCCGAGUGCGCCGCUGCGCCACUUCGGCAGCCAGAUCAAGCUCGACCUCUCCGUGCUGCCCAUCGGCACCGGCCGCCGCGGCCGGAACUUACUGCCUAACAUAAGGCCUCGGAAGCCAGUGAUCCGCAUGCCCAGCCUGUCGGAGGACGCCGCCGCGGCCGCGCCCUCCACGUCGCAAGACUCGCCCAAGCCGAGCCCCAAAACCAAGGUCCAAUCAACGCUAGCCAAGAUCCGCGGCAUCACCAACGAGAUCCGUCAUCUCACCAACUUAUCUCGCAACAUCGAGGGCAAGAUGAAAAGACCGUAUUGCACCGCUGAGGAUUUGGAAGAAGUUAAGAAGAUGAAAUUAGAGUAACCGACCAAUAAUUGUGAGUGAGUUUUGAUAGCCCUCAAAUGUUUCAUUUGUCAUUAGGCGGGUCCACACAGAGCGAGCAGCCUCGCGAAGAAAUUUCCUCGCGCGGCAAACGACUAUUGUGAUUUGUCUGGCUAUCGAUUUUCAGUGAAAAACGGCACAUUUUGAAAAUGUUAUCGGGAAGUUAAUAUCCUAUGCAGGGUGUUUAUUUAGUCACCUGCAAUAACUUACGGGGUGAAUAUACAAUGUGCUUAAUAACUCAAACCAUUUACUCAAAUCCGUUAAUAUUUAGGUCAAAAUGAGCAGCAACUUUUAUUAUUAGGCCAACCCAGAAAUCACGAAAAGAAAAUUGACUGUUUCAUACAUUUUAGCUAGCUAAACUUUAGCUGGUCUGAUGUUGAGAUGUUGUAUGAGAGAGUCAAUUUUUUUUUCGCGCUUUUUGGGGUGGUACCAUAAUAAAAGUUGCUCAGUAUGACCUAUAUAUUCACCCCGUAAAUUAUUACAGGUGACAAAAAAAAAGGCCCGGUAUAAAUUAAGCGGCUUUUUAAGUGACAAAGUGAUUCGCUUUUUCAUCUGCCAGAAAGAUGUUAUCAAAAUGUAAGCGAUACUAUGACGGCAUUUUUAGCUAACCCAAUAUAGAAAAUAUUUUUUUUACAUGUAGCAAGAUGUACUAUAGUUGCUAAUGCAGGUGCCUGAUCAAUCAAUCAAAAUAUUUAUGUGUUGGUCACGAGUUAUAGAGAUGUUAUUGGCCUUCAUGUUCUGCCUCAGAGAGGCGUACAAUAUGGAAACUUAAUCCUAAAUGUCAUGAUAUCAUUGAACUGUGUAAAACUAAUGUUCUCAUAUUAAAACGGUAGUAUAUUGGUUUACGAACGCCACUUACUGCUUAAAUAUGUAAAUAGCUGCCAAUAGUUUAGCAUAUACCGGGUGUGGCCUGUAACACGAGCAAAUAAUUUAAACAUAUAUUAUACUCCUCAAAUGCUGACACUAUAGUUAAAUAACUUUGAUAAAUUAUGAAGUCCUAUAACAUAAUUUUCAUACCUUGCGUCUAAAAAUAAACUUUAAAGGGUGUUAAAAAUCACAAAUACAAGUUAUUUUUAAAAGUCGUUGAACAAAUGUUGGUCAGUUUGAGUACAGCCUACAGCUUAAUUUUUUGCUCCUGUUACAGGGCACACCCACUAUAACGAAAUCCGUCAUCUCACCAACUUAUCUCACAACAUCGGGUGCAAGAUGAAAAUACCGUAUUGUACCGCUUGGAAGAGGUCAAAAAGAUGAGACUUGAGUAACCUAGCAAGAAUUGUAAGUCGGUUUAUAUACUUACAAAAAGAUUCGUAUGAGACUCAUCGUUAAUUUUACUAGCUAGGCUAGAAUAUUGGCUGGCUGAAAAUAUACGGCAAUAUAAACAAUUCAUACCAUGCGCCUGAUUUAAGUGUUAAGCUUUGGUUUCCUAGGAUAGCGGGAAGUAAUAUUACUGACACAAACGAAUGUUCCUUCAAUCAUCGCCUUCUAGGAAACCGCGUCAUUUAGUUUACAUAGAAAAAGUGGGCAAAGUGGAGAAGAUUAAGUAGGAAAUCGGACCCUGGCGCUAGGCCGGGAAAACGGUAGAUUGAAGAAGAAGAAGAAGACACCGUUCUAGUGACGUCAUUCAACUGCUGUAUUCCGGUCGCUAUAUGAUGGCUCCGCUAUAGUUCGUUUUUUUUUUGUAUUAAAAAGGUAAACAUUCUUGAUGUCUUUUCUAUUGAAAAACGCUUUUUUAAAAAUUAGUUUAUAAUCCUUAUGAAAGCAAAAGAAUGUAUCGUAUAUGAUUUAUUUAUUUAUAUAAGGUUACAUACUUGCUGUGACUUAGUUUUCAAAAUUGUUUUUACUAAAAAGACACGUCAAGAUCGCUUACCUUCUUUCUAAUGAUAGAAACAAACUAUAACACAUCUCUCGCAACGCAUCCUCGCACAUCUGGCGGCAACGAAGCCUAAUGCAUGGUAGUUACAAGUUAGAGAUGUACCUAAACUAAAUUAAUUUUUAUAAACACCAAUCUACUGCACUGCCAUGUGUGUUAGCUUUUAUAUGUACAGAUGUCGAAAUAAGUGAACCUAAAAGCCUUAUGAUAGAGUUCAAAUUUGCGGAAUGAAUGUUAGGAAAUAAUUCGCGUUUGGUACAUCUCUUACUUAAGAAUAUGGAUACUUGGAUAGAUUAGAUAUACGAGUAUGAUAUAUUAUAGAAAUAUCGACAGAAAUGAGUAGGUAUACCAGUUAUUUAAUACGAGUGAAUUUAAGGGUCCCUAGCAAGCUCGGUUCUUCAUACAAACGUAGUUACGCUCUCAUUUUAAAACGACUAGCUAGAUUGCUCUGAAACUUUGUACUUAAAUAGGAUAAGGUAUAGCUAGUCCUGUAAUUAGUUUAUGUAGCUUCAUAUACCGUUAAAUAAUACAGUGCAUUUAAGUUUAUUUUUAUUAAAACUUGUUUUUGCUCUAAUUCGUUUGUUUUAUAAACCUGAGCUAUAUAAACUAAUUGCAGCAUUAGAUAUAACUGAUGUCAUUGUAUGUGCAAAGUUUCAUUACAAUCCAACACGUAGUUUUAAAAUGAGAAUGAAACUCCGUUUGUAUGGGAAGGUGAAAUUCGGCCGAGCUUGCCGGGGACUCUUAAAGCUUAGAUUCAGAUUCACGAGACUUGACUGAAACAGUAUGCUUUGUCUAUUUCUUUUGUAUAUUAACCCUUUGAACGCCACGCCUAUUAUAUACAGCUUAAUAUCACACAGUAAUCGUGUACGUCUAUGGACGUCUUAGGCAGUCAAAGGGUUAACUGGGAAUAUCUGGUUAACUUCCGCCAAAGAAACAGACAAAAUAUAGGUGAAUAAAAACCUACAUUUCUUUAGGUAUGGGUCAUUCUCCAGAUUUGUGCCUAAGUCUAAACUCCGUCUAACCAUACUAUAUGUAGGAAAAGUUUGACAGAGUUGAGUCUGAACGCAGUCAUAUAAUUUGAGAAUUACCCGUAAAGAUAAGCUUGACGAAUAUUAAUGACGUUAAGGUCGGUUUAUAUCUACAUACACGUGUCGUGCAUUUUUUUUUUGUUUUGUCUGUCGGUGUCUGCGUGGCCGUAUAUCGAUAGAUAUGAAUAAGCUGUAUAGAAGAAUAUUAUUUGAUCGGCAAUUCGUAAACGCACUACAAGCUUCAAUUAGCUAUGAUAGCCGGUCAAACAACUUUGUCAGUAGAAAAAACGCGAAAUUAAAACUGUCUAUGGGAUGAUAACCCUUCGCACCUACAUUUUUAAAUUUAGCGCUUUUUUCUAUUGAAGGAUAUGGCUGGACAAAUUACCAUUCAAGAAAUUGCAUGCGAUUUUCGUUACAUUGCGGUGUAUGAUAUGAUAUGAUAUGAUAUUUAUUGGUAAAUAUUUACAUUUACAAGUCAUUUUAUAUACAAUUAUCUUGUCAUAGAUUUUACAUUGGAUGUCUGUUAUAUUAUUUGAUUAUUUACUAUGGUAUAUGGAAUUUGGUGGAUCGGCUGAAUUUAUUGUAAUCUGUAGUGAGCAAUGCAUGGAAUAUUGCAUGCAAGUUCUUGAACCGUCUGAGGAGCUUUGAAGAAUAAAGAAUGGAAAAACGUAAGCUGAUUGAGGAUUGUAAAGUGUUAUGAAUAAGGGGGUAAAUAUUUUAGUUUUUACUAACAAAAGGUAAAGGUGUUUGCUUGAUUUAUAUUGAUUUAUAUAAGCACCGUUAACGUUAUGGUGUUCUUUAAUUCCGCCUACUUAUAGCUGUCACUUUUUUAUACCUUAAUUAAGGGGGUUGUGACAUUAUUGGUUAGUUUUAAAAGGGUCUUACGCAAUAAAUAAAUAUUGACAGUUUUUAUUAUAUUCAGGCAGUUCUAUACAGACCGAACCGCCUCGCGGGGAAGUUGCCUCGCGAAGCAGCUCGAAAUGCCUCGCCCGUAUUGCCUCGGGCAAGACGCGACUCCACUGACCUUGCAGCUUCGCGCGGCGAUUUCCCCGCGAGGCGGCCCGUUCUGCGUGGAUCCGCGUAUUAAAAACUGACAUUGGUUUAUUGAUUGUUGAUUUAUUGAUUGGAAACCUUUUGAUUCGAAUAAUAAGUGCUAAAUUACUGAUAUAAGGGUUUUCGCGGAUUUAUACAUUUAUAACGUGUGCACGGUAGUGUUAAGCCAAGUUUUCAAAAGUCGUUGGACGUGUGGCACAUAAUAUGAUAUGCUUUUGCGGUAUUAUGUAUAGGAUUUUGUUAAAAAAAGCCUUAUUUAAUGCAAUAAAAAAUGUUUUAAGAGAAUAAGGUAGAAAGGAAUGUUUUAGUUAAAAUACUAUGGAAUAAGUUGUAUUGUUGAAAAAUUUAUUAAUAGUAAAUCAGAUUUAUAUGUUUAUUACUUUAAUGAGUAAUAUAUUCUGUAUAUGUUUUCACUUUGAACUUUUGUAAUAAAAUAAAGUUAAAGACAAUAGACAUCAUAGUGUUUUGUUAUAAGGUGUCAUCCAUUAGUUACGUCACACAAAAUUUCGAGUUUUUGAAUUGGAUUCAAAAAGUUGAUUCACCCAAAAACUAUAUUUUAACAUCCAACCUAAUGGCACCAUAUUUGCAGAAAAAAAAAUGAAAUUUUCCAUAAGCGCUUCGUUUUAACAUUGUUCAUUUAAUUUAAAAACACAUUUUAUUUAUAGGUAAGUUAUAAACAUUAAGCGCGUAUAUAACUUUGCCAAUAUACAACACAUACACAUAUAACUGUAAUUUAUAACUGAUCUAUUUGUCGAACACUUUGUUUUCAGCACCCAUAACGAUUAUAAGUUUUGGCCAUGUAUGUAUUCUUGAUUUGUGUAUGUAAUCCUUCAUUAUUCACCUUUGUGUUGUUUUGUGAGAAACUUAUGUAUAUAGACUAAUAUGUUAUCUACAAUUUCGCAUAGCAGUAAUGAAUUUCAACUUGUAUCACAUAUUAUUAAGCAGCGUUAAAAAUUACUAAUGUGUUACACAUAUAGCAAUUUUAAACAAACACGACCCUUUGUAAAUAAAAAUAGGUAGUGCCGUUUGCUUGUCUUGGCGGCAGCACUACCAUACCCCCAGUUAACGAAAAAUGGAGUAAAAAAAACACGCAAUAAUUUUUAUAUAGGGUCGGCCGUUCAUCAUCAUGAACCAUGAUUAAACAAUUAGCCAAGCUAAUAUCUAGCGGACGUCGAUAGGGGGUGGCAGGGGGAAUCAGCUGCCUCCUAGAGAAUAAAAUUUGUAACUAAAUGUAUCCUGCUCUCUCCUUGGCCCUUGGCCAUAAUAUCUGCCCCUCCCCCCCCCUAGCCCAUCGGCCAUAUCAUCUGCCCCCCCUCGUAGCCCAUCAGCAACAGACGCCCACGGUGGCGUUGCAGCUAGAUGCAACCAAGGCUUGUAUUAGCCUUAGCGACUGCCCGACCCACUCGACCGCUCGCUCACUCCAUCUUUGAUUGAGUGGGAAGAAAACAAUUUAGUAUAAUUUAAUAAUUCCCAGACGUGGUUAACUGAUGAAGGUAACCCCAACAUGAUGUUUUCAAUUUUGAAAACGAUAGAGUAGUUCUAAUUUCUUUGUUUUACUUUCAUCAUUUGUUAUAAUUGAAUACUUUAAAGUUUUCAAAGCAAUAAUAGACGGAAAUGUGUUACAUUAAACUUGUAAUUUUAACACUAUAUUUUAUAAAACACUAAUGCGUAUUGGGAUGUUGCAUAUAAAGUAUGCGUUACUUAUAGAAAGUACGGAGUUUUUAUUGUCAUGUAUGGUACACUGUCGUGUAUGGUACUUAUGUGUUCAAAGUAAGGCAAACUAACUUAGAUUGUGUCUAACAAGUGUGGGAAUACAUGAAAGUAUUAUGUGAAUACUCCUUUAUUAGAAAUAAAUAUAUUAUUUGGACAA